AUGACUCCAAAAGGCAGUAUGAACUCUGAAACCUUUGUGAAAUGGAUACAUCAUUUUGCAAAAUUCAAGACUCCAGGUCCAUGUUUAUUGAUAUUCGAUGGAGCAUCUAGUCACUUAUAUUACAAUAUUGUAGACGUUGCAGAUAAACACGACAUUACUCUAUUAUGUCUUCCAAGUAACACAACGCACGAUUUGCAACCCAUGGACAAAGCUGUCUUUAGAGCGUUUGAGCAUUACUGGGAUCAAGAGCUUCAGAAAUUUCGGUUCAAGAACAAAGACAAAGCUCUGACAAAACAAAGAUUCGGGAGGAUAUUUACUCCAGUAUGGGACAAAGCUCUUACCCCAUCUAAUAUAAAAUCCGGAUUUGAAGCUACUGGAAUCUAUCCAUUCAACCCAGAUAGAAUUCCGGAAUGUGCUUAUGCUCCUAGCAUUCCAACUCACUUACCAGAAGCAGGUGAACCGGAGAGAAAUUCUGAUGAAAAUAAUGCAGCAAGCGUUAUAAAUGCAGCUUCUGCACUUAAUGAUGAGAGUUUCAGUUGCGAAGAUAACGUCCCUUUAAUUUUGUUUCAAAGCAAUGAACAACAAAAUGUGAUUUCAUCUUGCAUCAGAGAUGAACCAGCACCAUUGGCUUCCCCGGAAGUCAUAGAAUUAAAACCUUUACGGGUUUUAAUUCUAUGA